AAAAUGUGGAACACCAAUGAUGAUGAAUCUUGUUCAUGCAUCAUGAUGAUGAGGAUGAGUAUCAUCCACAAAGUGGUUUCGUUUGUUGUUUCCAUAACCACCAAAUCUUGAGACAAGGCGAUAAGGAAAGGUUAAUGGUUAUGGAAUCCACAGCAUCCAUUUGCAGCAACAGCAGAGGAAUACCCUUCUUCUGCCAUUCUUCUUCUUCUUCUGAAAGAAACUAUUUGUCACCUUUGAUUGUCAAAUCCAUGGCUACUCAGAAGCCCCUUCCAUUAGUCUCUAAAACUGUUUCUUCUAGAAAGAAUUCAACUGUGUUCCCAAUUGGGGAACAACCACGGAGCAGCCCGGCGACAAGCUCGCCUCCGGUAAAGCUCCUAACAAGAAUGGAGCAGCUAAGGCUUCUAAGCAAAGCAGAGAAAGCAGGGCUUCUGUCUGCAGCAGAGAAUUUGGGGUUCUCCCUCUCGAAAAUCGAGCAGCUUGGUCUCCUCUCAAAGGCAGAGGAGUUUGGAGUGUUGUCUGCUGCCACUGAUCCCGGAACACCAGGGACACUCUUAACACUCAGCCUUGCUUUGCUUCUCUUGGGACCUUUCUUUGUUUACCUUGUGCCUGAAGACAACCUCGGCGAGGUGGCCGCACAGCUCGCUGUCGCCCUCAUAUGUGUCCUAGCUGGCUCUGCUGCUUUUGCUGCAUCAAAUUUUGUAUCCAAUUUGCAAAAAUCUAAAUGAAUUUGAUCACCUUUCACACUGGAUUUCUCUUCCAAUGUGCUAACUCUAUUUAUAAUCUUAAGCCAAGUUUUUCGCAA